UAUGGCAUCGUGCUGGACGCCGGGUCCUCCCACACAGCCAUGUUUGUCUACAAGUGGCCAGCAGACAAGGAGAACGACACCGGGGUGGUCAGCGAGCACAGCAUGUGCGACGUGGAGGGUCCUGGUAUCUCCAGCUACAGCUCCAACCCUCCAGCUGCCGGGACCAGCUUGGUGCCCUGCCUGAACCAGGCCCUGAGAGACGUGCCCAAGGAGAAGCACGCGGGCACCCCGCUCUACUUGGGUGCCACGGCUGGCAUGCGCCUGCUCAAGUGAGUGCUUGCUCUGGCAGUGCCAGCUGCCGGGGAGCCCUGCCCCGCCGCCCCCCGCGCCGGGGCAGCCACUCUGAAGUCGUACCCCUUCAAUUUCCGGGGGUCAAAGAUCCUGUCGGGGGAAGAGGAAGGGGUCUUCGGCUGGGGCACUGCAAACUACCUCCUGGAGAACUUCAUCAAGCGCGGGUGGCUUGGGGAAUGGAUCCAGCCCCAGAAGAAGACCCUGGGGGCCAUGGACUUCGGAGGGGCUUCCACACAGAUCACCUUUGAAACCAGGGACACCAUUGAAGACCCCAGAAAUGAGGUGAUGCUGAAGCUGUACGGCCAGGUGUACAAAGUGUACACCCACAGCUUCCUCUGCUAUGGGAGGGACCAGGUCCUCAAGAGGCUACUCUCAAAGCUCCUCCAGGCUGAGAGCUACCAAGCAACCGUCGCCCAUCCCUGCUGGCCCACGGGCUACCACAAGAGCCUGUCACUGAGCAGCAUCUACGACAGCCCCUGCACAGAGAAGGAGAGGCCCAACCUUGCCCUCAACACCACCGUCACCGUGGUUGGCACCGGGAACGGAAGCCUCUGCGCUCUGCACGUCAGCAAGCUCUUCGACUUCACCACCUGCUCCUUCUCCCACUGCUCCUUUGACGGCGUUUUCCAGCCGGAGGUUUCGGGAAACUUCAUCGCCUUCUCUGCCUUCUUCUACACGGUUGACUUCAUCCGGACAGUGAUGGCAAGACCUGUGCACUUGCCCAGCGACCUGGACGAUGCUGCCAAGACCAUCUGUGCCACCAGCUGGAGCGAGCUGCUCCAGAAAGCCCCUAAGCUGGAGAAGAGACUAUCGGAUUACUGCGCUGCCAGCACGUUCGUUUAUUUGCUCACCACCAAAGGCUACAAAUUCAACGACCAUUCCUUCCCCAACAUCGCCUUCCAGAAGAAGGCAGGAGAAACCUCCAUCGGCUGGGCCCUGGGCUACAUGCUGAACCUCACCAACAUGAUCCCAGCGGAGAAGCCCUCUUCCCACAAGAGCAUGCUGUACAACUACUGGGUCCUCCUCAUCCUGCUUUUUGUGGUCACCACCCUGACAUCUCUGGUGACUGCCGUCUGCCUGCUCCGGCGCAGCAAGUCCAGCUCAAUCUAA